CAUGUGUUCGCUUUUACGUGCUUUUGCAUUUCUGGCACAAAUUUCAACGUUUUCUCGGUAUUAAUUUGUGGUGAAAUUUUAAUAAAGACAGUAUUUACUAUUCCAGGUGGAAAAAUAGAGUGAAAUAUGUUACGCAAAGUGCCAUUAAUUGUGAUUUUGGGCUCAACCGGUACGGGAAAAACAAAGUUGUCGCUGGAAUUGGCAGAGCGAUACGGCGGCGAAAUAAUCAGCGCUGACUCUAUGCAGGUAUAUGCCAAACUGGACAUUGCUACCGCAAAGGCUACCAAAGAGGAACAGUCUCGAGCCAAGCACCAUCUCUUGGAUGUAGCGACACCGAGUGAACCAUUUACUGUGGUCAGUUUUCGCAAUGCCGCUUUACCAAUUAUCGAAACUCUUUUAGCUCAAAACAAAUGUCCCAUUGUAGUUGGCGGCACUAACUACUACAUUGAAUCGCUACUUUGGGAUAUACUCGUUAGUCCGCAGGAUCCCAACGAGCUGGACGGUAUUGACAACCGGCCUAGUAUAGACAAGCAGUCCGGCGUAUCUACUUCAAAGGAAGAUCCUAAUGUUGGGUCUGAGGAUGUGAAAAAUUCUUUAUUUCUACCGCAGUCUGAAAUGUCAGCAAUGUCAUCUGAGUUGUUGCAUAACCAUUUAAGGAAGAUCGAUCCGGACUCAGCAAAUCGCAUACAUCCCAACAAUAAAAGAAAAAUUAUGCGCGCCAUAGAGGUAUAUCAGCAAACGGGAGAGACGCUAACCACUAAAUUGCAGGCGCAACGGCAAAAACCAGGCGGUAAUCGGCUCGGUGGUCCACUACGUUACCCGCAUACUAUACUGUUUUGGUUGCGUUGUAAACAGGAUGUGCUCAACGCGCGUUUGGACAAGCGUGUCGACGCUAUGCUCGAACAAGGUCUCUUGGCUGAGAUACGUGCAUUUCACAACGAACACAACAUUGAUAAAAGCCAAACCGACAAUUCUGCAGCGUACACGCGUGGCGUACUUCAGACAAUAGGCUUCAAAGAAUUUAUACCCUACUUGGAGCAGUUUAAUGCGGCAAAUGAUCAGAAAAUUGAAGAGUACUUACGCUUGAAUGCGUAUAAAAUGCCAACGGAAGAGCACUUCAAAGCACAAAAGCCGAGUUCAAUAAACGUAACACCAGUUCAGAAGCACAAACAAAGCCAACAUAUAUGCGAACGUCAAUCACAACAGCCGCCACAGCAGCACGACAUGCAUAGAGAAAUUGAAUUAGAAUUGGAGGCAGCGACAGAUGCCGAUACAACAACUACUUGUCCACCUUUGCCCGCUGGCCUCGAGGUGCUAAACGCGUGUUUGAAUGAGCUAAAACUGGUCACACAACGCUACUCCAAGAAGCAAAUCAAGUGGAUAAAUAAUCGUUUUUUGGCCAGUAAGGAUCGUCAAGUGCCCAAUUUGUAUGAACUCGAUACGAGUGAUGUUAACUUGUGGCCAGCAGAAGUAUACGAGCGUGCUGUGACGGUCAUCGAAAGCCAUCGCAGAGCUGAGAUCUGUGAGAUACAGCCAAUGGCGCGGCGUCAACAUCCGGGUGCGGGACUCAAUGAGGAGACUAGCAACUUCUGUGAGAUUUGUCAACGGCAUUUUAUAGGAGAAUAUCAGUGGCAUUUACAUCUAAAGUCCAAUAAGCAUAAAAAACGACGGGAGUCAAAUAAAAAGAAGGAGAAAACUAAAGAGAUUCCCCUGGAGCCUAAAACGGAAGAUACAAAUGUAUGAUUUCGUUGAUAGUACUAUAUUACUUAUGUUGAAUAAAAAGA